UCCCCGCCAGGCCCCGACGCCGGGGCGGAGGCCCGGGCUGCGCUGGGGGCGAGGGCUCGCCCGCCCCUCCGCUUUACGGCUGCUGAAAACCGGCGCGGCCCGCUCGGCCGCCGUACCGCAGACGCGCCGCGCCGCUCAGAUCACCCAGUGGACGUUGGAAAUAGCUUUCGAUGGUAGGAGGUCUUUUUUCAUGUGAUCCCAGGAAAUGAGCUUUGACUUAGGCACCUGGAGGAAGAGGCCCGGGUUCACGCUGUAAGCCUCCUGUAACCUGCAAAGACCUUCCAGUUGCGCCAGGAUCAUUCAAUUGAAUUGAUGGGCAUCGAGAUUGCUUCCAAGAUCUGGCUGUUACAAAUUGUGCUUCUGUAAACACGGGUGCACAUAUAUCACUAUGAUAUGAAGCUUUCAAUUCUUCUGGGAAUAUGCCUAGAAGUGGACUAGCUGGGUCAAAUGGGACUCCCAAUCCCAGCUUUCUGAGGAACCUUCUAACUGGCUUCGAUAGUGAUUGCACCAGUCUACAUUCCCACCAACAGAAUUCACCAGUGAACCCAUGAAGACCUGGGGUUUUCUUUAUUGAUGUUUGAGGGGUGGCAUCAGGUUGUUUGUUUGUGUGCAUUCUGUUUUCCUGAUGUGGGAGUUCACUGAAAUAAAUUUCUUUCUGAGGACUGCUUUCAUUGCAUCCCACAGAUUCUGGUAAGUUGUAUUUGUAUUUUCACUUAAUUUUAGAUAUUGUUUAAUUUCUUCUGUGACUCAUUGAUUUCUCAGUAGUAUAUUAUUAAUAUUCAUGUGUUUAUGGAGUUUUUUUGUCAUUAAGUUCUAGCUUCAUAGAACUGUGAUCAGAUUAUGCAUGGGUUAAUUUUUAUUCUUUAGCACUUACUUAAACACAUUCUAUCAGGUAGUAUAUGGUCUAUUUUAUUAAAUGUCCUAUUUGCAGCCUAGAAGAAGUAUAUUCUGAUGUUAAGUAGAACACUGUGUACCCAUCUAUGAAGUUCAUUUGUUCAUAUGUUUGAUUUAGUUCUAUGAUUUUUUUGUUGAUUUUCUGUCUAGUGUAUCUGUCUCUUUGUAUCAAUGGAGUGUAAGGUCUCAAGUUAUAACUGUGUUAUUGCUUAUUUGAAUUUUUAUUUCUAUUAAUACUUGUUGUAUAAGCUGGGUUCUCCCAUAUUUGGUGCAUUUAUAUUUAAAGUUUUUUUUAUCUCUCCCUCUUGAAUUUUUUCCUUAAUUAGCAUGUAGUGACUUUCUUUAUUUCUUUUGAUCAUUCUUGAUUUGAAACUCACAUUGUCUGCAAACAGAAUAGCUACCCCUGAAUUUUGGGUGGUUCCUGUUGUAUGAAGUGUUGUUUUCCAUCUUUUGACUUUCAGUCAGUGAGUUUCCUUUUGGGUUACAUGGGUUUCAUGUAUACAGCAUAUGGUUGGGUGUUGUUUCUUGAUCCAUUCUGCCAGGCUGUUUCUUUUAAUUGGUGAACUGAGGCCAUUUACAUUAAUGGUUAUAACUAACAUAUUUUGUCUUAUGUUUAUCAUGGUAUGUUUCUGCUGUUUGUUCUUUACCUUUCCCCCUUUGUUCAAUUGUUUGCAUUGCUUAGUGGUUUUUUUAUGUUGGUGUUCUUGAAGUCACAGUUAUUUUUAUGUCUAUCUAGAAUAUCUUUCCGUAUUCUUUGUAGAGUUGGUUUGGUGGCCAUGAAGUUCUUCAGCUCUUCUUUGACAUGGAAGUAUCUUAUUUCUCCAUCAUUUCUGAAGGACAGUUUUUUAGGGUACAUCAAUCUGAGUUGGAAGUUGUUUUCCUUUAGGAUUUGAAAUACUUCAUUCCAUGUUCUUCUUGACUUCAUUGUUUGUUUUGAGAAGUGUCCUGUGAUUUUGAUAUGCUUUCGUUUAAAGGUGAUCUGUCUCUUCUAACAGUUUUUAAUAUUCUGUUCUUAUGCUGUAUUUCUGAGGUGUUGAUUAUUAUAUAUGUGGGUGUAGACUUAGUUUUAUUAUGGCUAAUUUGAAUUUUGUAUGUUUCACUUAUCUGUAUAUCAGUUUCCUUUCCUAUAUUUGGGAAAUUUUUGGCUAUUACUUCUGUAAAUGGUUGUUUGACAUCAUUUAUAUUGUCACCUUUUUGAUUCACACAUAUCAAUCUUCUAUUGUUUUUCUUUGCAUCAUCUUGAAACUGUUGAAUUAUUUUUUGCUGGUCUCCUGUUAUUUUUAAAAGAUUUUUUCUUUUCCUGUUCAUUAGCUGCAAUCUUGUCUUUAAGGUCUGAAAAUCUAUCUUCACCUCACUGAGGCAGUUUUGCCAGUUUUUCAAGAAAGUUUUGAUUUCCUGGAUAUCUCUUUGAAUCUGUUUCAUACGCUCUCUUUCUUUCUUAUAUUGUUCAUUCAAGAUUUCCAUCAUUUUUCAGUAACCUACAAAGUUUUAAAGUAUAUCUUUUAUUGAUAUAUUUAGUAUUUCUUUUAUUACGCUUAUCAUUUCUUCUUUUACCUGGGAGGUUAUUUCUGAUCUCAGUUCCUCAACCACUUUAUGGAGUUGUUUCUUUACUUUAGUUGCUCUUGUUUCAGAAGUUUCGGGUAUAAAGCUUACACUUUCUUGUAUGUCCCUGUCUUGUAGGCUUGUUUGGGAUGGACUGGAGGUUGAGAUUGCAUUUUGCUCUUUCAUUUUGUGAUUUUCGUAUAUUCCCUUGGGAAGCCAAAUGAAUCCAAGGUCUCAGUUGACUCCUGGGUUGAGAAUAUGUCUGCAUAUUGCAGGGAGUUUCCUCAGGUGAGUGUGGAUCAUUACACAGACUUCUCCAGAUCCCCAGUGGCACUUGAAGGCACCUCGAGUUGGGGGAGUAUGCUGGGUGAAACUUCAAUAGACCCCAAGUGGCACUCCGAGCUCCCUGGAUGAUUGAGAUUGCUGGGUGGGACUCUACCAGGUUCUGAGUGGCAUAUCAAGGCUGAACAGCUAUAUUGAGUACCCUAUGCAGGCCUUCAGCUCAUGCCACAUGGCAUUCCAAAGCUCCACAGAUGCUUGGGGUUGCUAUAUCAGGUUCCAAGCAAGGUGCCAAUGUUGUACAGCUGGGUAGGAUUCUUUCUGCAGGCCUUUGGCUUGUGCCACUCAGAGCAGGUUGUUCCCUGGCCACUCAGGCCCCAAGGGACCUACCCAAAGGUCCUGGGCUGAAUGAGAAUGCUGGGCGGGCCCCUAAGAAGUUCUGAGCAAGGUUCCAAGGUUGCAGGGAUGGAUGAGGUUCAUUGUGCAAGCCUUCAGCUCAGACCACUGAGCAAGGUGGAACUCAGCCAUUUGGGGCCCUAGACAUUUACUUUUAUAAUCUCACUUUUCAAACAAAAUUCUUAUUUAAACCAGUAAAAGGAACUAAUAUAUCAAAGCAUAAUGUUAUAGUGGAUUAGAGCAUUGAGAAUCAUACAUUACACUAGUACACUACCAUAUACUUACCAAGUAUCAGAAAGCUUCUUUCUUCAACUGCUUCAGUAAUGCAAAUUCAUUGAAGCUCGGUUCUCAUGAAUUGCAUAGGAAUGACUUUCAAAAUAUUAUAACUACUACUACAAAACAAAGGUAGAUGUGCCAGGAGUAUGUGGGUAGUAAUUUUUUAAUAUAUGAAGGCAGAAAUUUAUUGGUCAAAAUCUGUUAAAUCAUCAGAUUAAUUGAACAUUCCUCAGCCAAAGCUUUUUCUUCUCAGGAAUGCACUACAAAAUGCAGCAUAUCUAAUUAUAAUACAUAAACACAUAUGUGUUUUUUUCAUUUUUAAGAGAAUUGUACAAAUUCUGUAAUUGUACUAUAAAAAUAUAGUAAUACAAUAAAUACUGAGUACAUCUGUGGUAGCUCAUAAGUGAAAAAAACUUGAAGAUUUUCCUUAAUUUGCCAACACUCCUAGAAACUUAUGCUAUUUAUACUGAUGAAAUGUGAAACAAAAAUAAAACUCGAACUUCUCUGAUAUAUCAUUAAUAAACAAGAAAUGGCAUCAACUAUGAGCAAGACAAAAUUAUUUCCCUAUUAUAUCUAUUGAAAAUAUUACCAAAUUAUUGUAUUAUGAUAAUUUAAAAGGCACUUAGAAACACAGCCAGAAAUAUGGGAGAAGAGUGCUACACAGGUAUGCUAGGUGGUUAAUUUAUUUAAAAAAAUAGCAUUAUAUUAUUUUUUCUGGAUUAUUUUUAUGUAUAUGGUAUGUCAAAUGUUUAAAAAGUUGACUUUUUGUUCUUUUUUUGUUUUGUUUUGGGUAUCUGGGAUUGAACUCACAGCCUUACAGUUAUCAAGCAGGCACUUAUGCUGUUGAGCUAAAACCCCGGCUCAAAGUUGACUUUUUCAUAUUCAUUUUCAUAACUAAGUCUGUACUCACAAUUUUGUAUUAUUUUUCAUAGAUGGUCAUUUUUCACAAGUUGCAUGUAUUUUUGGCAUUUAUACAACUGCACUCAUGACUCUCAGAUAUUUAAUAUCAGCAAUUAAGUCUUUUAUCUGAUCUUCCCUAAGUCAACAUCUCUAGUGCUUCCCAAUUUGAUAUUCUUUGUACAUUUUUCACUAAGGACUGUUAUAUGGCCCUUUUGAAUAUUAGCUAAGUCCUCACUCUCCUGAAAGGAUUGUGAAUGAGCAGCAUUAGGUAUUUUGGAGAGGAGAGAGCAUAGCUUAAUAAUAAGUGUAUAUUUGGUAUUAUAACUACAUUUGCAUCCAAUAAUUUUGGUUAUUAAUUAUAUUAGGUAACAUAUCCCUCUUUUUAGUUUGAGAUUCAGAUCCCUUAUCUAUAAAAAUAUAAAUGAUAAUACUUAGCCCAAGGAUGAGUACUAAUAUGAAAAAAUAUGUAAAUUACAUAGCUUAGUACUUGGAAUAUUGUAGAUGAUCUUGUAAUGUUUGCUAUUCUUUUUUCAGUGUUCAAUCAGAAAGAAACACAUGCUCUGUUCUGUAACUUUCCCAGAGACUGCAGACAGUUUGAUUAUAAUUUUUAAAAAUGUGAUGUUUCUCAUUUCACAAGUAGUGAAAAGCCUGGUUUCCCCCAGUGAGCUAUCAGACAGAUUGAGCAAAUGAACCAGUAGUCACUGAAAUCAAGCCCAGCUAGACCUGAAGGAGUUUCAGGCAAUUAUGCAAAGUUCUGCCUUCCCAGAGGACAUGGUAGUUGUCAGCUGACUUCGGAAGCUUAUGGUAGAACUUCUGGUGAUCCUGUGGGCUUUCUGUGUUCACUCUGGGCAUGCAGCCAACUAUCUGGAAGGAAAGUAAGAACAUGAGACAUUGUUUAGACAAAUUUAUUUGUUUAUAGGUUAAUUAACCAGUUUGAAAAUUAUCAGUAGCUUUACUUCUGACAGACUAUCUUUUUGUCACUACAUGCUUAACAAAUUAAGCAGAAUAAGAAUAGGAGAGAAGAGAACUUGUAAGGGUAAAUAGGUAUUUUUAGCAGAGUUGAAAGUUUUAAUGUAGGAAGCGAAUAAUUGUUGUUCAAAUGGGUUGUGAUCAUAAAGAUAACAUUAGUAGUAUGUUAUCUGUGAUCACAUUCCACAACUAGAGGUGUGAAAGUCAAGUAAAAUGUGGCCUAAUCUGGCAAAAAUAAGUAGAGAGAAAAAUUUAACUGUGAUAAAUAUGUGUACACAGACUGCAAAGAUAGCACCAUAUUAUAGACAGACCCAGAAUGCGGAAAAUGAAGACGGUAGUGAACCCAACUGCUUUUCCUAUGGAAAUAGGAAAUAGCAUUAAAGCUAUUCCAUUCUAGGCAUAUUUUGACUUGUGAAAAUACUAGUUCAUUUUUUCUGCUUUAACAAAGCUGGAAAUCUGGGAUUUUAUGGAAAAUCAUUUAUUCUAAAAAUUUCCAGAUAUUUUUAUGAAAAUGUUUUUAGACCAAAUAUAAAAGUAUGAGAUAGCUGAACUGACCCAUACGCAUGAGUAAUAUUAUUGUUGGAAGACCGCAAUCAGGCAUUGUGGUCUUAGGAAAGGGAAAAUGGCAGAGACAAGCAGAUGAGAGCAAGGAUCAGUGACUGAGCUGAAAUUUGAAAAAUAUGCGGUAUAUUGUGUGUGUGUGUGUGUGUGUGUGUGUGUGUGUGUGCAUAAUGUGUAGACCCAUCUUAGGUACAGGAAGUAAAUAUGAUAAGCAAGGCUAUAUAUGGAAAGGGUGACAUUUUCUUAGGAGCUUAAUGUAAAAUGCCAUUGUAGAAUACUUGGGGUUUGGGCAGUACAAUGGUGGUCAGGGUGUUUGAACAAUGUACAGUGUGGACUUUCUUGUUUUGUUAUCUUUUCUACAUGCAGUUCAGAUUUUGUGUCCUCUCCUAUCAAAAGGAAUUUAUAUUUUCCUUUGAGUAUGUGCAAUAGAAAUAUAGUAAUUUUUCACAAGUAAAUAAAAGAAAAACAAAAGAUGGGAAACAUUAACAGAAUUAUUCUGUCACUUUUAUUGAAUGAAAAUGUAUAACUAUACUUUGUGAAAAUACUCUCUAGUAAAGGUAUUAAUUGCUUUUAAAAGAUUAAAGAAGUUUAGGUAUAUAAGAUGCAGACUUUUGGAAGAACUUACUGAUAUCAAAAUAGAUAUAAUGUAAAAUCAAGUUUGUCUUUCCUCUCAAAUAUCUGGAUUCUCCCAUUUUUGUGUUUUGUGUUUAUAAAGAUAGGCAAAACACAACUUCUGUUUCUUAGAGAAAGCCAUUCCGUUUUCCUCUUGUGGAAUCCUAAUUAAAAUGUUCCAUUUGAAGGAUUUUUUGUCAACCAAAAUUCUUGUUAAGAAAGUGCUUUAUAUUCUUUGCUGGAGCAUAAGGCUGCAUAUUCCUUGAGGGCAAAUUUUCAAAAUGACCAGUGAACCCAAAUAUGUAACAACAUAUAUUAUUUCCAUAUCUUGAAAUGCAGAUUAUUUCACAAAUGUUUAAUACAUAAGAAUGUACUGGCCACAGAUUCUAUGCAUAUAAUUUUUAAAAACUUAAUACUUCUUAUAAUAAAUAUCCUCUUAAAAAUAUCUCUAUAUAAAUCAUACAAUGAAAGCAUACUCUUCUACUAGAUAUAUCAGCAAUUACAGGGUCUACAGAUUUAACUCAGUGGCAUAAGUUCCUGCCAGGGAAGUGCUAGGUCAAAAGUUAGAUCCCCAACACAAAAACAAAAAAACCCAAAAAACAAACAAAAAAAUCCAUUUUCACAUGCUCCUACCCUUUUUAAUUAUAAGGCAAUAAAAAUUAAUAUUCUUUGUAAAAUAUAUUCUUUUCACAAUAUCACUUUAGAGUUCUUUUGGAGUUUUGUUUUAUCUUUCAGUCUCCUAGGAAGCAAGUGAUUUCUUGAAGGAAACAUAAGUGACUUCUGAAAAAAAACAUUUCAAAUUUAAUUAUUUUCAAAAAUCUACUAAUUCUUAACCUUUUCUAAUGCCAAUUGGAUUGAGUCUUCUAUUUUUAAUACCUCCUAUUAUUCAUGGGAAUCAGGACUACAGGGGACUAAUAUUCAUACAAAUUUCAAUGGAUCAGUGUUUAUGUCAAAUUGAGUUUCAGAAACUAAUUUAUUGCUUUAUAAUGAUUAUAAUACUUUAUAAUUUUAUUUAAUAAUCUGUCAUUUCUAACAUCUGUUACAUUAAAAUUAUAGCAAUGGAAAAUUGUGUAUAUAAUUUAAAUUUUAUUAGAUAUAAAAUUAUUUCAUUUUUAAUAAUUUAUUGAAAGAAGACAUUCCAUCUGUAAAUGUGACAUGGUUGCCUUUGUUACCUGUAGAAUGUUACUGAUAAUUUAUUUCUUUUACAAAAUUUCUAGGGAGUAUUGCUUAAGUGCUAUAUUUAAUAUGAUAAAGCAAACUUCAAAAAUGUACAUAAUAGUCAUAAUAAAAAUCACAUUCCAAAUCUAUGAAAAGAUAUGACUGGUGAUGUUGUCAAUUAUAUUUUUGAGUUGUAUACAUCUACCAUCGGUAUCUCCAGUAGUUUUUGGGUCAUAUAUCAACAUUAUUGAUUUAUCUAACCAAGAAUGAAAAGGACAAGGUUAGUUUACUGUAUUUAUCAUCAUCUAAAACAGAACAGAUAAAUCAAUAAAUUAAGUCUGAGUUCAUUAAGUGAACCAUCUUGUGAUUAUUUUGCUAGAUAGUCUUUGAUUUCUGAAAUUGGAAUAGCUAUCAUUCAGUAAGACUACGAUCUAUCACUUAUGGGAUAAAAUGGAAGUUUUGUACCUUUAAAUAGGAAAGUUAAGGAUACUGGAAAUGAUUAUUUUUUAAGAUACACUUGUCAUUUUAAAAAUACAGUCUAUUAAUAAUGCUAAAUUUUGAAUAGAUUAUAUUUUGAAUAUUUAAGGAAAUAUAAAAUGUUAAAUCUGUUUAAGUAAUUUGCUGUUCUUGUUUUACUGUGUUUAACUAAUUUUUGAAUCAGCCACGCUGCCUUUUUUCAGUUCCAGAAAAGGGUUAAUUUUCUUUUUUCAGUUUUAGACUCUCUUUCCAUGUUCUCUGAAAGCUGAAGUUGUGUAGCUGGAUUUAUGUAAGAAAGCAGAAGCAAUAGAGUCUAUAUACAGAUAUUUGAAAGAAGAUAUUUAUUUGUUUUUUUCCUUUUGAGCCAAGGUCUCACUGUGCAGUUUAGGCUGGCCUUGAGCUCACUUCGUGGCCCAGGCAGUCUUGAACUUGCAACUAUCUCCUGCCUCGGUGUCCCGAGUGCUGGGAUUACAGGCAUGUGCCACCACACCUAGUUUGUAAGAGGAUAUUUAUUGUGAGAAUUAACUAUGUUGUUAUGGAUGUUGAGAAGUAGGCGAGACUCUGAAGACUCAGUGAUUCAAUUUAGUCUGAAUCUGAAGGCCUGAAAACCCAGGAAAUCAAGGGUACUACCUAACCUGAAGCCUAAGACUUAAUAAUGGUAGGGUUAAAGCAGGGACAGGUUUAAGGUCUGAAAGACAAAGGACAGGAAGCUCCCGUGUCCACUGUCAGGCUAUUUCAGUUACAGGAGUGAAAAUUUGCCAUUUAUCCUUCCUGUUGUUCUAUCUAGAACAUCAGUGGUUUGUAUGAUUCCAGACCACAUUACCAAGGGUGGAUUUCCUGACUCAGUCUACUGAUUUAAAUGCUUCAGCAUACCAUUACAUAUUCACCCAGAAAUACUAUUCUGGCAGCUUCUGGGCAUCCCUUAGCCAAGUGAAACCAACAUCUAAGAUUAAUCAUCACACCCAGUAUCCCCUCCCUGACCAAAGACAUUUCUAUGACCAAUUCCUCAAUUUUUUUCUCUUCAUUUAAUUGUUGCUUCAUUAAACAUUUUAGACAGUGCUUUACACCACUGGACCUAACAACCUUAAUAAUCUUUCAUGCUCUUCCUGUACACGACCUUUAUACAAUGUAGUACUUAUGGAGUAGUUGCCUUUGUGCUCCUCUGUCUCUCUAAUCAUAAUAUAACCUCCAUGAGAACAGACUAUAUAUUUAUUCAGUCUGAAUAGCAGACUUUGUAUUAUGUGCCUAUCACAGGUAGCAGUAGAGAUAUCAGGAAUGAUUAAAAAUAUAACGACUUGAAAUUGUUUAAACAAUUAUUACAGUAAAAGACAUUUCGCUAUUACUCUCCAUCAAAAUACUCCCCUCACUUCUAACACUUUUAUCCCACUAUCUUUGCCACUUUCCAAAGCAGUUCUGGAAAUCCUCUUUCCUGAUUGACUUUGAGGUGUAAUUAAAAGUAAAGUAAAUGCUGCUGCCAAGUGUAACACAGGGGAAGGCAGGCUUGUAAAAACAUUAGGAUGCCAGUGGCGCUGCAACUGUUUGACUUGCUGCUCUUCCUCAAGUCAAAACGACAGUGAAAGCCAAGUGUUUGAAUUGAUUCAGGACUUCAAGGCAGCCACAACAGUACAAUUUUCACAACUGCUUCAGAAGGUGGCAAGAACAAUGGGAUAAAAUUACUUAAAUCAACAGGCAGUACAUUGAGAGGCAUUAAGGACAAUAUGUCUUUUACUGUAAGACUUAUUUUAAUGUUUAACCACACAUAUGUUUCAAUCACACCUCAUCAAUAGUUAUAGAUCACUUAGUGCUGGAGUGACUAGUUUGGAACCUAGGCACGUCAUUUAUAAGCCUUCUUACAAGGUUCUUAUUCUAUUUGUGUUUGAUGUGUAAAAGACACAUAAUAAAACAAGGAUUCUGUAAACUAAUGAAUGCUAAUUAUAUGGCAUAUUAUAAGGCCUCAUUAAAUGUCAGCACAAUAGAUAUCACAGAAUCUAAUACUUAACAAGUAAUGAAUAAAUAUUUGGUAAAUAUAUGAAUGAAUACAGGAAUGAAAGGCACAAUACAAUUUUUAUGUCAGUAAAACUGAAGUUUGAAUACCAAUUUAUCACUUAAAACCUGAAUUAUUUAACUUUUUGACUCUUAGCUUCUCAUUGUAUAAAAUAGUGUAGACUUUCUUGAUGUUUUUAUAAUAGUAAAAUGAAAUGUGAUUUAUAGCAUUUUUUAUAGUUUAUUUUUUAAGAAAUCAAAGAAAAAUGCCCCUAAUCUCAAGCUAGAAGCAAAAGUCCUAUGUAUUGUUCCCAUCUAGGACUAUUAUUUUCAAAUAUUUCUCUCUAGGGUAUCUAGUGAUAAUUAUCCUGAACAGUUCUAGUCAUUAAAACUGUUUGAUUUUAAGCUACAAACCAAUUCAAGCUAAUUUUAACCUAAAUUGAUGGCAACAUAAAUAGAGGCAUAUUUAUUAUAACAGGAGACUGAAAAAAUGUCAUUCAUGCUAAGUUCACAACUUUAUUUUCCAUUCCCUCUUUUAAUUAAUAGUUAAAUCUUCCUCCUUCCUGGUCGAAAACCCUAACAUUGGUCAUAAUUCUUCUUCUCCUUCCAACAGCAUAGUGUCAUGGUUUAUGUCAGUGCCUCCAAGCCUUAUAAUUAUGGAUUGGACCAACUCGGGCAUUUGUGAUUGGUUUGUUCUCUCACGCUCAAAUUGGUGAUGUGAGUGCUACAUUCCCUAGUGGUGGAGCCAGCAUAUGACGUAAAAGAGGGAAUAAAGUGUGUCGCUCUCCUGUUGGUACCUUGCUAUUUGCAGAGGCCAUGACUGGCAGCACUGCCAUCCCACACAGGCUUGGAGCCAAUUGAGUAUGGACUGAAACCGCUAAGAAUUGUAAGACAUAAACCUUUCCUUCCCUAAUUUUGGGUGCCAGGUAUUUUGUCUCAACAAGUAAAAAGAAACAAAGAAACACUAUUCCUAAAGUAACUUAAAGCCAUAAAUAUAAUUUAAAUCACUAAUUAGAGUGUGCUAGUAGAUUAGUUUUCUAUUAUAUAACACUGAUGCAAAACAAAAUUAUUUUCUUACAGUUGUGUGGAUGAAAAUUGCAACACAGUUUUCACUGAGUUAAAAUCCUGGCUGUCAGCAGAACUGAGUCCCAUCUGUAAGCCUGCAGAAGGAUCUACUUUCUUGUCCUUACAGGCUUCUCCAGUCUUCCCACAUUCAUGGGUGUACGGUCCCUUUCUUCAACUUCGUUUUCACAAAGCCUUACUCUGAUGCUUUCUUCUAUCUGUUCAUCUCCUACUUUAAGGACAGACAUGAUUAGAUUGGGCCCCUCGCGAUCAUUUGAUUAGUAAUUAUAUUAACAUGUACAACCUUAGUAUAUAACCUUCGUUUUGUUAUGUAAUGUCAUAAGAAGGAUGUCUUUAAGGGCCAUUGUACUGCCUGCCACAUCUUAUCUAAACAUUCAGACUGUCAAAUUUUUCUGUAAGUUUUAUACAGCACCGGCCAGAACCAUUCAUUUUUAUCUUCCAAAUUUCACAAAUGUACUUUAUAUUCCAGAGCUUUUUACUUGAUCCAAAUUAAAUAUCACUCCCCACACCUAGGAUUCGAAGGUAUCAUUCUCACAAAAUUUUCAUUAAAAUGAGGGUUUACACUCAAGCACAAAAGUGACUCUCUAUUACAAAAGCUGCCAAUUGCUUCACCAAAAGUUCCCAUGCAUUCUCUGUGAUCAAUAUUAAUAUAAUAAGUCAGACUAAGAAGUUUGAGAAUAAUCAACAGCUAUUCAUACUCUUUUCCUUAUGAAUUUAAUUGAUGUAGCAUCAAAAAGGACUUCUUAGAACCGUAAUUCAGCAGGAAUUUUCUAUGUGUUCUCAAACAUAAUAGUAUGAGUCUGUGUCAUGGAAUUAAGAUGCUAAGACUUUAGGAUAACUAACAUUAAUUUAUAAACACAGAUCAUCCAAACUAAUUCUAUCUUCCUAUUUCGUUUCUUGUCUAUGAUUUCUGAUAAAUCAGCCUCAUUUCUCUUUUUUCCAUGAAUAGCUGUAAUAUAGUUCAACAAUGAACUUUAUUACAUAGGACCAAAGGUGCCACCCUUUUGCAUUUGUGGAUAAGGGAGGAUCAUUAUAAUUUGAGAUAAUGGUUCACAAAGUAGGUAUGACUCUUAUUUAUAAAACUUUUUAAUAACAUAAACAAAGCAGCCAUUGUAGUGGCCAAAUUUUUGGAAGCCUAUUGUGAUCAAGUCCUGUAUUAACAUAUUGAGCUCUCAAUUCAACUGUACAAAGAUGUUCCCCCCUCCCAGGUAUUAUCUCUUUUUUAAAGAAGAAAUGAGGGGCCGGGGAUAUAGCUCAGUGGUGUAAGCACCUGCCUGGCAAGCGUAAGGUUGUGAGUUUGAUCUCCAGUACCAAAAAAACCAAAAACAAACAAACAAAAAAAAAGAGUCAGAGACAUGAACUAAUUUGCCGAAAGACACACUCUGGAAGGAGUAAUGGGCCAAAAUUUGCAUACCUGUUUCUCUAGCAUCAAAGUUCAUUAAAAUUUUUAUUAGAAUAAUAAUCACUAUAUAUAUAUUUUACAAGUUUGUUUCAAAGUGUUUGUACACUAUUAAAUUUCUUUUCACUCCUAUGUCUAUGACUAUAUCUGCAUAUAUACCUCUCUUUUCUGUUACACCUACAUCCAUACCCUUCCCCUUCACUCACUGUCUCGGCAGAACUCGUGUUUAAACAUUACCACUGACUUCUGACAAUGGACUCAUUUGAUAUACAAGUUUAGCUUUUACUGUCUGUAUAUUUAAAUGAUCAUAGCUUAUCUGUACCACAAGAAGAUAAUUUUUAUUUAUUUUAUAAGAAAGAGAAAUGUCAUUCUUAUUCUGCUAGGUCUCUGGAGAGUGUCAGCUGUUCCUUAGGUGGUUUCUUUUGUGUUACUUCUGCAGCUCAGUCACAUUUGUCCUACUGUUUUCCUAUUCUAAUAAGAAUCCAGCAAAUCAACAUGGUACCCAAGAAUCUUGUAAUAUUCAUUGUAAUAGGAUGAGUUUAUAAAACACAAGCUGUGAAGUAUCUGCUGAGUGACAUUUAUACUUUUGUAUUGACUCCCAUAAAUAGAGCAUCUAAGUUUUCAGGGUUUUUCAGUGUACCGAAAUUGUUUUCUCCUAGGUCCCUUUUAUGCAAUUCUUUUUAAAAUUUAUAAGCUUUCUUUUCUUAUUAACUUAUCAAGUAUUUAUAUCAACAACAUUUUUGUAUGUAUUUUGUAUACAUUAGCUUAUUUACUAAGAUUGGAAAAGCUCAAAUUUCUUUUAAAAACUAGACACAUAAAUUAUAAAUACAUUAUAUGAAGAGCAUCUUAGAUAUUUAAAAAAAAAACAGUUAAGGACAUCUUACCUCUUCUUCUCCUAACGAUAUAAAGGACAAUGAAGAAUCAUAAAUAAGAUUAAAUUUUCUUCUAAUGGUAAAUAAGUGGUUUCUAUUUUAUUAGGAAAGCAAUAUAUAAUUAGUUUAUAAUAUCAGAAAUCAUAAAGAGAACAAAGAAAAUUUAGAUAUUUAUCAAUAGUCCUAAAAUGUGGAGAUAAAUGAAUGCACAACUGUUUUAACAUGUAUGUUAUAUAUUGACAAAUAUCUCACACCAGUGUAUUGAGCACAUUUCUAAGAUGAUUCUAUAUUAUUUUUACCAGAUUAUUCUACUUUACUUUUAUAGUAAUUUAAAUAACCUCUACUACAAACAUAAUUUAUUUUUUAUUGUUCAUUGCAUUUCUUAAAAAUUGAAGGUUUGCAGCAUUCUUAUAUCAAACUGUAUUGAUGCCUUUUUUCCAACAUUGUGUGUUCAUUUUAUCUCUCUCUUUGCAACAUUUUGCUAAUUCUCACAAUAUUUCAGUCUUCUUGAUGAUUGUUAUAUCUGUUAUAGUGAUUUAAAAUCAAUGAUCUUUGAUAUCAUUAUUGUAAUUGUUUAGGGGAAUUAUGAACUAUGAAUUAUGUAAGACAGCAAAAACUAAUUUUAUGUGUCCUCAUUGCUCAAAUGACCAUUCCACACUCAGUCUUUCUCUUUCUCGUCUCAAAUUUCUCUGUUCCCUAAGAUAACAAUUUGAAAUCAGGCUAAGUAAUGAAUUUAUAAUGGCACAUCAAAGAUAGUAAAAACAAGCCCUGGUAUGACAGUUACCUAAAUUGUGAAGUCAAAGGAAAAGUUUUAGAAAUAAUUUAAAUCCAGCAAAUAUAUGUAUGAUGAGAAAGCAUAUUGCUCUCAUGAAGAAAGAUUUAGUGGCCUGGAUAGAAAAUCAGAUCAGUGCUAAUAUUCCCUUAAUCCAAAGCCUAAUCCACGGCAAGGCCCUUAACUCUAUUUGAUUCUGUGAAGGCAGAGAGAGAAGAGAAAGAUACAGAGGGAAUGUUAAAAGUUCCAGACAUAGCCAGGAAUUGUCAGGUUUAGGAAGGACACUGUCUUCCAUAACAUAGUGUAACAUACAAGUGGAAGGGGAAGUAGCAAGUGCUGACAUGGAAGCAAAAAUAAAUGGUUCUGAAGAUCUGACCAAGGUACUGGACAGUGAUAAUAACCGAUUUUCAGGAUAGAUAAAACAGCCUAAAGUUGGAAGAAAAUGCCAUGUAUGGCUUUCAUUGCUAGAGAGAAGGCAACACUUAAUUAAAAAACUUUGAAAGAGGCUGACUCUGUUUGAGGCCAGUCCAGCUGGUGAUUUGACGUUGAACCUGAAUCUAACUCACCAUCACAAAAAUGCUAGGCCAUAAAGAUUACAUUAAAUAUUAUCUGUAUGUGCUCCACAAGUAAAACAACAAAGCCUGGAUCACAGAAAAUAUGUUUGCAACAUGGUUUAAUGAGUGUUUUAAAUUGUCUGUUGAGACCUAUGGUUCAGGGGAAAAUGUUGGUUUUCAAGAUAUUGUUCCUCUUUGACAAUGGUCCUGGUCACUCAUCUGCUCUCACGGGAUGUGAUGAGAUUCAGAUUAUCUUCAUGUACACUGAAAUUCUCAAGCCCAUCGCUCAAGGAAUAAGCCACAAUCAAGUCAAGACUUUGAAAUCAAGAAAUACAUUUUUUAAAUUGAUGCGCUUCAGAGAAUAGUAAUUCUUCUAAUGGAUAUGGGCGAAGUAUUUUUGUAUUUAUUCAUUCUGCAAUACAUGUAUACUUCAAAACAUCAUGUUGUAUGUGCUAACUGUAUAUGAUACUGUCAAUUUAAAAACAAAUUUCUAAAAUUGCAAAAAUAAAGAAAUGAGAGAUUUUGGUUCAGAUUCUAUAAAUAUUUAAAAUUAUUAAUAUAUUUAUAUAAAAUUUGCUCAACAACUCAGAUGAACACAUUCUGAACACAUUCUUUGAUGGACACACAGUAUCAAAACUGACUAAGAAAGAAAAAAGAGAAUUGCAGUAUCCUUGUUAGAGUAAAGAAAAAUGAGUUUUUAUUGUUCCACAAAAGAAAUUCUAGGCCUCAUGUUUUCAACGACAAAUUCUAUGAAACAUUUAAGGAAGAAAUUUACCAAUACUACACAAAUUGGUCCAGAAAAUAAAGAAAGAUGGAGGACUUGCCCAUUAAUAUUAUAAACGUCCGUACCAAAGGUAGACAAAUAAAAGGCUAACAGGAAAGAAAAUUAUCGCCUAGUAUUCUCAGAUACAUGAAUACACACACACCUAAUAUUAGCAAGUAUAUCCAGUAAUAUACAAAAAGAAAAGAGUACUGCAUAUUGAACAGUAGGAUAUAUUUAACAAAAGAUUCACUUAACUUUUAAGUUAAUCCAUGAAAUGUAUUCUUUUCAGAAAAUAAAGAUUAAAAUAUGUAAUCAUAUCAACUGAAAAUGAAAAAAAAUUGUUAAAAUUUAGUACCCAUUUGUCAUAUGAAUACACACUAAAAUAGGAGCCCAUUAGUUCUUCAUUCAGAAAAAUGGGGAUCUAUGAAAAAUCUGUAAUAAAUGUCAUCCUUCUGUUAAAUACUAAACGUUUUCUCUGUAUGACUGAAGUAAAGACAAAAAUGUCUCCUCUCUCAACUUCUGUUCAGUACUGUACUGAAUAUCUUAGCCUUCCAAUAAAGCAAGCAAGAAAAAAAAAGGAGUAAAAGAAAUAGAAUUUAGAAAAAUCAGGUAAACUAUUCAGUUUUCAUGCUCAAAUGUGUGAAAAAACUUUAAUAAUUUCCAUAAAUCUAUUAGAAUUAAUAAAAAAACUUGGAAACAUACAAAUAUACAAGCCUGUUAUAUUUUUAAAAGUCAAUAAUAUUUAAUAUAUAAUGAAAUAAAAUUACCAAACAAAUUCUGAAACAAAUACCAUUUAUAGUAUCUUCAUAGUCAUAUGGUCUUUGGAAACAAAUUUAAGAAAAUAAAUUCAAGACUCAUGCAAAAAUCUUUAAAAUAUUGUAGAAUGAAAUAAAAGAUUAUAAGUAAAUGAAAGAUACACCAUGUUCAUAGAUUAGGAAACUUACAUUAUUUUUCCUAUUGUUAUUUUACUUAAAUUGAUCUUAACAUUCCAAUUCAGGAAGAGUUUUUUUUUAUUAUUCUUAAAUUGACAAGGGACCUUUUAAAUUUAAUAUAUUAUAAUUAUGGAGCUCUUAGAAUAAUGAAACCAUUAAAAAUUUUCAAAUUUGAAAAGUCAAGCUGAGCAUAGUUUUAUGUGUCUGUAGUUUCAGCUACUUAGAUGGCUGAGCCAAAAGUGUCUGGACGCUAGCAUCGACCACAUGCUAGGACACCCACCUCAGAAAACAAAAACAAAUCAAAAACACCUUAUACCCCCUUAGUUCAAGAACUGCUGUUAUUAUACUAGUAUAAUUAAGACCACAUUUUACUGGUAAAUAUAUAGAUUCAUGAAACAAAAUUUGUCUGUACAUGCAUGAUAAACAAUAUUCUUUUCCAAUCUUUUCAUUUCAAUAAGUGACAUUAUAGUAAUGGAAUAUUUAGAUAUUUGUAUUAAAAAGGAGGGUUUAGUCCUUACUACUUUAAGGAGAAAUAUCAAUUUUGCUGAGAAAAAUGUUUAUCUAUGCAAAAGCAUGGUCAAAAUUUGAGUCCUUAGUUUUUAAGCAUAUAAUAAAUUAACAACAUGGAGCAAAUUAUUUAAAAGAUAUAACUAUAAAAUUCUGCAGUAUAGGGAAAAUGCUUAUUAACUUAAAGACUUAGUAAUGAGUUUUGGAUUAUAAGAAACAGAUAAUGAAAAUGAAAACAUAUAGAUAACAUAAAAAGUGUGUUUCAGUUAACAGAGUAUAAAAAUCACUUAGAAAAUAAGGGGAUAUAUUUGCAAAUCAUGUACCUGAUAGUGGAUUAGUGCCCAUGAUAUAUACUGAACUACAACAAUAAAAUUCAAAGCUAUUUGAUUUAAAACAUAGGCAAAGAAGUGAACUUUAUUCAAAGAAGGCAUAUGAAUGAGAAACAAACAUAUAAAAAGAUCCUCAGCAUCACUAUCAGGGAUAUGUAAAACAAAACAAUUGUGAUAUAUACUCAUGCCAACAAAAUAACUUCUAACUGAAAAAAGACGUCAACAUAGUAAUGAAUAUGUAGGCAUAUUAGGACUCUUUUCUAAUUUUGAUGGGAGUGUAAAAUAGAACAGCCUCUAUGAAAAAUGAUGUUUGUUGGCUCAAAACAUUGAAAUACAUUUUCCAUAUGACCUAAAAAUUCAACUUCUGUGUAUAUACCUAAAAUACUUGAAAUCUUUAUAUAUCAUGUUCAGAGCUACAUUAUUCAUAACAGACAAAGGGUAGAAGGAACCCCAGUGUUUAUUUAAAAAAAAGAAAAGAAAAACUAGUUGAAUAAACAAGACAUGGUAUACAUACAAUGGAAUAAUAUUGAGUCUCAGUAAGAAAGAGGUUCUUGCACAUGCUGCAACAUGGAUAAAAUUUGAGGACAUUACACUAAGUACUAUAAUCCAAUUACAAAAACACAAAUACAGUUUCAACUGUAUGACCUACCUGUAUUAAUCACAUUCCUAGAGAAAAGUAAAAGGACCAUUGUUAUGGGCUUUAAGAAGUAGUGCAUUGUUAUUUGAAAUAUGUAACAUUUUAGUUUUGCAAGAUAAAAAUAUUCUGCAGAUUGGUUGCACAGGAAUAGGAUCAUACAUACUAUUGAAUCAUACACUUAAAAUAUAUUAAGAUGUGUCAAAAUAUAUAGAUUUACUUCAAUUAAAUAAAUCUUAAAUGUCAAAGUAAAUAUACUUUUAAGUAAGUCAGUCCUUAUUUCAUACACAAAAUUUUACUUGGAUAAAAGUUUAAAAUAUAAAACUUCUAGCAGAACACUGAGGGGAACAAUUGUUUUCAUCAUAUGUUUAGCAAAUAUUUAUUAGUUGCACAAACUAAAUGAUUUAUAAUUGCAUUUUAUGAAAUUACAGGCUGCUAUUCAAAAACAACAUUAAUGAGUUGAGUAGGCAUUCUACAUAUUUGGAUAAAAUUGCACAAUACCUGUAUCUGACAAUGGUUCUGUAUUCAGCUCUACAAAGAACUUAUAGUUUAUAUUUAAGAGGAAAAAUUCUUAAAGAAAUUAUUUGAAUGGAUAAUAAGCACUUGUAUAGAUGCUCAACCUCUGUAGGCAUCAGUAAAAAUGAAGAUUAAACCCAUAAUAAAAUGUUGCUAUAUAUCUCUUAGUGUGGUUAAAAUUGAAGAUUGAAAAUAUCAAUAGUUAAUAAGGAUAUGAAACAAAAGAUCUCUGAUUGCAGGUGGAAUUGUAAAAUUGAACAUGCAUGUUGAACAAGAGUUUGACAGUUUUUUAUAAUGUUAAACAUAUACUUAAGUAUGUGAUCCCAUAAUUCCACUCCUAGGUAUUUACCUGAAGGAAAUGUAAACAUCACAAAACCAACCAAACAAAAAUGCAUUUUUCAUCGAUAGUGUUCUAUUUAUUUUCUUAAUCUAUCCACAUAUUUAUAUGUGAAUAAUGCAAGUUACUUGAUUACAUUUUUGUAUGUGGGUAGAACAUACUCUGAUGAUAUCUAUACUUAUAUCAUCCUUCUUUAUCCUCCUUCCCCUUCCUCUACUCUCCCCCUCCUUAAUAGUCUGUCUUCUACUUUUGUAUUUUUUUAGCAUUCCUUUUUACAUGUUUCUUCAUAGCCUUUAUUAAUAAUAACUCAGAAUUUUUAUGAUGGUAUUAAAAUAUGUCCACAAGUUUUUUUGUAUUUCAUCUAGUAGGUGGAAUCUUUUCCCCUUUCUCAACUUUUAGUCUAGCCUGGACUUUAUUCUUAUGGAUAAAUGUUGUGUGAAUUUGAGAGUAGAUCUAAAAGGCAUUGCAGGUUUAUCUUUUCUUCUUUAAUAUUGAUUUCUGUAGAACUGCACUUUUUGUACCUCAAUAAAGAGGUACACAAAAGUAGGAUCUGAACUCCUAACAGCAGCCCUAGGAGAUCUCCAAACUUCAGCCAGUGUUGGAAGCAGAUCUUACAGUCCCAGUCAACUUUCCUAUAAGUACAAUCAGGACCAACAGCUUUAUUGCAAUAUGAGAAACUCAACCAGAAAUCUGCUAUUCUCAGAUUCCUGAUGAAAUGAUGUGAGAGAAAAUGAUACAUGUGCUGUGAUUCCACUUAUGUGACAUUUCACAAAUGAUCAAUACAUACUGAAAGAACGUUCACUGGGGCCAGAGUAAGGACAGAGGUAGGGAUGAAGUGCAAGAGGGCACAAGGUAAACUCUAAGAGUGAUAGAACUACUCUGUGUCCUUAAUGUUUAUAAAAGCUCAUACAAUACUCAUUAAAUGAGUGCAUUUUAUGUGUACAUUUUACCUCAGUAGACAAAAAAAUGACAUAGUUUUCAUUGUUGUGAACAGCAAUAAAUAUUUAUUAAACAUUGCUUACAUCUCUAUCAAUAAAUUUCUUUGGAUGACAUUUCUGAAUUUCAAUGUUAAGGUUGGCCACUUUAGUUCCUUCACAAUUUAAAUUCUAAAAUAGUUCUAGUAUAUUUCCUUAUUGAUGAGAAUUUAUUAUUAUAUUUAUGUAAUUUUGGGUGUUUCAUUGUAAAACUUAACACAAAUACUUGGAAGAAAUCCCUAGGCACAUGGUUAUUACAAAGCCAAGGGUGACCCCUUUAAAUAGUUCAAUGUUUAGUCAACUAGCAAAGAGCAGAAGAGACUGAACAGGGAGGAUUGGGUGCAAUAACUAGAAACUGAAUAACUCAUCUAUCUUUUAGAUUCUACAUUUGAAAAAUAUGUUAGAAAAAACCUCAAGACAAUGUAUGAGAGCAGGAAAGUCCAGAAUUUGCAAAAUGAGAAAAUUGCUCUUAGAGAGUAGAAUUCACUUUAAAUUCAACUUCAGGGAUUUAAAUUCCUAUCCAAAUUUCUUGAUGUAUUUUAUAUUUUCACCUUUGUUGAAACAUUGUUUUAUGUAAUUAAAGUCUACAAGAAUAAAUCAGUUAAUUUCUUCACAGCAUUGUGAGCUUUAAGGUAUUUUGACUACAGAGGAGUUUGAUUUGGAAGAAAAAAUGAGUUUUUUAAGUUUUUAGGAAAGAAAAAACAUUCACAGUUUCUCAGACUAUAAAACUGAUACAUGAGCAGAAGAGAAAAGCAGGAAUACUGGAAAUGUUUAAGUUAAUAAGCUCUCAUAGCUUUUAAAGUUUUAUUACAAAGAUUUUAAGAGAAAAGUAAUAUGUUAUGUUUUUCAUUAAACAAUUCACAACAUGCCUAAAAAUGUUUAUGAAUCUGGCAGCUAUAAAAGCAAUUCAAAAAUAUUCUGCAGGUAUGCUUCGAGAGUUGAAAGGUAUGACCAUGUUUGUUUUAUGUAAUUUUUAAAAUGUUAACAAACUAAAAGUUAAUUGAUACAUUAGGUUUUUAGGGAGCCUGAAAGGUUCUAUGAGUUGUGUGAAGGAUAUGAUGAACAUUUAAAGCAAACUUUAGUGAUAGCAGUUUUGUCUCUUAAUUUUGUGUUUAUUCAUUUUAAAAUUGCGUGCCUGUUGUGAGCUCUCUGUUGCUAAGGUCAUAGGAUACUACUUCACUUUUCACCAUCAUCUUGGCAUUUUCUUUCUUUCACGGGUACCCUCCCAUCUAUCUAUUGUUCUGAAAGCUCCAUCCAGAGAAGCUAUGUUUAUCUUUCUCUUUCUCUCCGUUUGUUCUUUUUUUUCUCUCUCAUUUUGUAAAUCUGGGCACUGUAGGAAAGACUGCAGUCAUUCACCUUAGAGAAAAAUGUGUUUUAACUACUAGCUGCUUGGGGCAGUGUUGGAGACUUAAUCUUUCAUCUACUUUUCUGUAACAAUGCCAGCUGGCAGGUAGUCAGCAGCAAAGUCAAAGUGAAGCUUUCAGAAAGAAAACAUUCUCAGUAGAAAGUAGUGGCCCAUUAUGAUGGUGAACAAAAGUAGUUCUCCUGGAAUCAUUUUCAAGGAAAGCAUGCUGUUCCACGUUUACUUUAUAAUAAAUAUGUAUAUGGCCUUAUAAAAAUAAAAUGAGAAGGAACAGAAAAGAAAAAAAGAAAUUUAAAAGUUAAAAUAUAAUGAAUGUGGCAAAAAAUAAAUUGAUUUUUCUAUAAUUACUAUAUUUGUUGAUAAUUACUUCUAGUCAAGUUUCAUUAAUUAAGCCCAAGCUUUCCAUGUUCUUUUUCAUAAGUGACACUUAAAGUAUCUGCUUUAUUUUGGACAAAUUCCUCUAUUAUUAGUACUUUAAAAUGUUAUAUAAGAGGAAUACACGUUUCUAAAAACAGUGAGAAACCCCAUUUCUUACCUCAACUCCGGCUUACGCAGUUCAUUUUGGCUUCCAAUGAAAAAACUAUUUUCCUUGACCAGGUAUUAAGUGUUUCCAUUUAGCUAGUGUUUGUCAGAUUUCUGUGUCACUGUUAGCAAAAUUGUUAGUUGUUUUUCUCUUUUGAGACUAUUAUUAAGAGGUUGAUGUCUAGAACAUAUUUCACCUUCAUCCUCAAUGAUUUAUGAUUUAUGAGUAUUUCUACCUGAAAAAUAUUAUCAAAGUUAUUUGCAAUCAUUUUGAAUCACAGAGAUUGUUCAUUUUAUUUCAGGAUGUUUGAGGAAAUACAUUUAUCUGUAAGCUAAUCAUGUCAUUUAUACAUUUCAUUGCACUUUUAAAAGUAACAUGGAAAAAUCAUCCUAUCAUUUGGUAUUCUUGUUAAACUUAGGGCUCAAGGGUUUUUUCUAUAGAUUUUUAUGCACCCUAAAAUUUGAUAAUUGAUAAAUUCAGUAUUCUGUGCUUGCACCAGGCUGUUUUGCAUGUGUGUAUAUUCCUUUCCUUCAAUGCUUCACUUAGUGUUCUUUUGACAGAAUUUUUCCAGAGUCUGUUGAACAAUUAAUUGUUUUAUGUAAUUACCCAGAUCUGUAUAUGUAUUUCUACCUGUAAAUUUUACUUUAUCUUGGUUCCACAAGAGUAUUAAAUAUACACUUAAAUGUCUUAACAUCUGCCCUCUUUUAACUUUUAACAAUCACUGUUCACAGUCUUUUAAAAAUAUUUUAAAGAGAAUAAAACCAAACAAAAUACAACAGGAUAAAUCCAAUCAAAACAAAGCAAAACAAUGAAAGUGAUACACAACUUCAAAGGAAGAUAAUAGGAAAUCAACAAUAGCUGACACAGUGGCUCUUUGGCAUCUUCGAAGUAGCCAUCCAUACCAUCAGAAAUAUUAAAAUCAAACCAAGCAAAACAGAAGGAAACCAAUCAAAACAAAACAGUGAAAGUGAUACAGGAUUUCAAAACAAGGUAAUGGGGGAUUAACAAUGGCUACCACCUUCCCUUUUUAGACAUUUCCUCCUCUUCUACUUUCACAAUAUCUUUUGUACAUUUUGUAUCCUAAUAAUUCCUUCAGAUUUUUAUACUUAGGGAGACAACAUGAUGUUCACCUAUGUGAGUCCAAAACAUUUCAUCCCAGAGAAUGACCACAAAUUGUAUCCAUUUAUCUAAAAGAGCCUUGUGAAUAUCCCUCUUUAUAGCCAAGUAGCUUUCCAUUGUAUAAAAAUGCCAAGUUUCUCUUAUCCAUUCUGUGGUUUUUGAGCAAUCUACCCGUGCUAUUUUCUGGUUCCUGGUCACAUGGAGCAUUGUUUUCUCUUCUUUGACUUUCAGUCUACAAAUUCCUUUUGAGUUAAUGUGUUUCUUGUAUACUAUAUAUUGAUGGAUCUUGUUCCUUGAUCCAUUCUGCCUGUGUUUCUUUUAAUCACUGAACUGAGGCCAUCCACAUUAACAAUUACAGCCAACAUACACUGGUUUAUAUCUACCUUACACUUUUCUUGCCUUUGGCUCCCUACUUUCUCCCUCUAUUUAAUGUCUGCCCCACUCUGUGAUCUCACUCUGCUGUUAUACCUGGAACCAGGACCAAAGUGAAUUACAGAGGGAGAACCUGUCUCAAAAGACAUGUAUAAAAUAAAAUAAAAUAAAAUAAUAAAGCUUUUACUUGCCACUAAUUAUUACUUAUCUUGUUAUAAUAUUCAAACUUAGAGUUACUUACUUUGUUAUUUUUAUUCUGAAUGCAAUUUAACGAAAAAAAAACUGAUAGAAAAUCAAUAAUUUAGUUAGUAAAAUACAAAAUAUACUUUUGUUGGGGCUGGCGAUUUAACUCAGUGGCAUAAGCACCUGCCUGCAAGCACGAGGUUGUGAGUUCGAUCCCUUGUCCCUCCCAAAUAUACAUAUAAUAUAAAAAUGAUUCUUUUCUACCAGUCAAUCUUAAAAUGGGUAACUAUGUGGGCCUUAAAUUUUGAUUACCUUUUUUGUAUUCAUAUGUAUAGAAAAGUAUAUAUGAAUAUGUACAUGUUAUAUCUCAGCUAUUUAGAAUUAUACUGUCAAGGGCUUAAAGACAUCAAAGUAUCCUUAACAGAGCAAUUAAAUGAGCUAUAAUGUUAAUGUAGGGUUAACAGUCACUAAUAAAAAUUGUGGUGAUGGCAUGUUAACAUUGUUGGGUAGGUUGUGAGACUAAUGAGAGUAUAUGAAUAUGGAAAUGGUAUGAAUGGUGGGUAUGAUUGAUGUGUUUUAGGAGUAUCACUCUAGAAUGAACUGUAUCUUGACACCCCAGUGUUAAGUGAAAUAAGCCAGAUCCAGAAGCAUAAAUGUUGCAUGGUUUUUCUUCUAUGAGAAAUACACAAUGUAAUAAUUUAAAGAUCAAAAUAAAAAACAAGUGUUAGGAAAUAGAGAGACAGAUCUUUUGCAAAUAAGAAAGGGAACAAAAGAUAGUGUGAGGGGGGAAAGCAGGGAGAUAUAAAAAAAGUUAAGAUAUGUUACAUUCGUAAUCAAUGCUUCUUAAUGAAUUAUUGUAAUCAUUAUGUACUGCAUUUUUUCUCAAAAAGUACAUUCACAAAUUUUGACACAAAUGAUUUAGAAUACAUAUAGAGGACUCAUUCAUUCUGAGCCUUUCAAGAUUCAGAAUAUUUUCUUGAUUUUUUAUAAUCAUGCGAGUUUCCUCCUCAGUAUUCUGUGAAGCAAAAACUUUCCAUCCUAUUUUUUUAAAGCUUCCUGAAAAACGUAAAGUGCCCAGGCUGAGACAGAGAGAGAGAGAGAGAGAGAGAGAGAGAGAGAGAGAGAGAGAGAGAGAGAGAGAGAGAGAAACAGAGAGACAGAGAUAGACAGAGACAGAGACAGAGACAGAGACAGAGAGACAGAGAAUGAUUUGCAUAAUACUUUAUUAACAUUGCAACUGGGUGUGGAUAACUGAAAGCACGUUUUUUUCUGUGCAGCUAUAAAAAUUCAUGCUGUUUCAGGUAUCUGUAACUUUUAAGAUUUUUUCUUUACUCAGCAAUAGGACUUUGGUAUCUUACUUUCAUUAUAAUGUCUCAUACCCUGUAAUUCAUAAUUAAGCUCAUUAAUCAUGUUUCCUUUAUUAUUGUUACUUAUUUUAGGUACCUGGGUCAGGUGUUUAAGUGUAUUUACAAGUUUGCCAUAGUGAACAAGGAUUGACAUAUACAUGUUGCUCUUCUUAGGGACAGUUGGAGUAUGAUGAUUAUAGUGUUUUAUUGGUAGUCAUUAAAUUUCAGAAACUUUUGGUAAAAAUGCAUGUAAUGGUUGUAUAUCUGUUGUAAGCAACUGUAGUAGGCGGAGGAGCGCUGUAUUCUGAAACACAUCACAAUCUGGAUUACAUAUUGCAGUAAUUUUGUGAUCUCACUCUUCUGUCACUUAAAAAAUGAUUAUUUAAAGACAGAACUACAGUUGAUGACUCAUCUCUGCCGCAGAUUAGUCUUUGAGGCAUAGCAGUUAAUCUAAUUUAGUAAUCACCAUGUUCCUAUUAAAACAACAAUGCAAAUAUCAGUGUUAUCUGUACACAAAUGAGGACCUUGAGGCAUUACAUGACUGAAUAAUCACUGUAAAGUUUUGUUACUAUGUAGCGUAAAUUACAUGAGAACAUAAUCAGUUACGUCAGUCCUCCAAUUUCACAUCUUUUCUCCUUAUCUGAGGAAGGACAGGCUAAUGAAGAGAAGAGGAAAGAGAAAAAGAGAAGAUAAAAAUGUCUCUUGUAUUUGUCAUUCAGUGUGAUUAGUGGUUUCACACAUUACUGUUUUUAUUCUUUGCACAACUUCGAAAUAGAUACCAUGACCUUUUAUAGAAUAUUAGAAAUGUAUUCUCAAAUAAGUUAUAUUCUGUGCUUACAGUCACACAAGUAUUACAGAUGCUUAAAAGCCUGUUUUCAUCAAGUGCCUCAGAUAGACUUCCAUUAUGUUCCUUGUUUCCUUAUUUUUUUAAAAUUUAAUUUACUUAAAUUUUAAUUUACUCUCCAAGAGAAGCAGAUUUUAGACACCAAAACAUGAAGCAACAAAACUGUGGCUCCGAAGCAUGAUAUGUUGUUAACAUUGACACUUUAGGGAAGCGUGUAAAUGUCUUUAUGGACUAACGUGAAAGCACGGAAUUAAACGCUUAUAUCAAAACUGAAACAAAGCCAUGUUUGUGAAGCACACAUUAACAGUAGCACAUUGGAUCAAAGGAUGUGAUCUCACUUCAUAGUAAAACAGGUCCUGCAAGAAGCCUAGGUAACUCAGGAAGCAGAAUGGUAAUUAUUCACUGAAGAAAACAGGGAGUAUACUGUUACAGUACUACAGUAGAAAGUCAGAAGGUCACAAAGCUUGCGGGGUAACUGACACAACUUGAAACUGCUUGGAACCCUUUUAAAGAAAUAAAAUGGGAGAGAAUGAAGCAAGUUCACCUAACACGUCUUUGCAAGGUAAAAAGAUGGCUUAUCAGAAGAUCAAUGCAGAUCAAAGAGCAUCAGGACACUCGCAAUAUUUAGACAAUGAUGACCUUCAAGCCACUGCCCUUGAUUUAGAGUGGGAUAUGGAGAAGGAACUAGAGGAACCUGGUUUUGACCAGUUCCAAAUUGAUAGUUCUGAGAAUCAAAACCUGGGCCACCCAGAGUCUGUGGACCUAAAUCUGGAUUCCAUUCAGCCAUCAACUUCACCUAAAGGAAGAUUCCAGCGACUACAAGAAGAAUCUGACUAUGUUUCCCAUUAUACAAGAUCUGCACCAAAGAGCAACCGCGGCAACAUUUGUCGCCUUUUAAAAAUGUUUUGCACAGCCACCAUUUUAUUUAUUCUUGGAAUUUUGAUAGGUUAUUAUGCACAUUCAAAUUGCCCUUUAGAUGCCACAUCUCCACCAACAGUUGAUCCUCACUUAUACCAAGAGAUUCUCAAGACAAUAGAAGCAGAAGAUAUUAAGAAGACUUUCAGAAAUUUGCUAGAGCUGUAUAGAAGUGAAGAUGAUAUGGAAAUUUCAACGAAGAUUAAGACUCAGUGGACCUUGCUGGGUCUAGAAGAUGUACAGUUUGUGAAUUACUCCGUGCUGCUAAAUGUGCCAGGCCCUGCGCCCAGCACCGUGACGCUGAGCAGCAGCGGCCAGUGUUUUCAUCCUAAUGGCCAGCCUUGCAGUGAGAGAGCCAGAACAGAAGGCAGCCAAGAUCUGCUCUACUCAUAUGCAGCCUAUUCUGCCAAAGGAACUCUCGAGGCUGAAGUCAUUGAUGUGAGUUAUGGAACUGCAGAUGAUUUAAAAAGGAUUAAAAAAAUGAAAAAUAUAACAAAUCACAUUGCACUCCUGAAAUUAGGAAAAUUACCACUACUUUAUAAGAUUUCCUUAUUGGAAAAGGCUGGAUUUGGAGGUGUUCUUCUAUAUAUUGAUCCGUGUGAUUUACCAAAGACUGUGAAUUCUAAUUAUGAUACCUUCAUGGUGACGUUGAAUCCAGGAGGAGACCCCUCUACGCCUGGUUACCCAAGCAUUGAUGGAAGCUUUAGACAAAGUCGACCAAACCUCACUUCUCUGUUAGUACAGCCCAUUUCUUCAUCUCUUGCUGCAAAACUUAUCUCUUCACCUAUAGCUGGAACCAAAAAUGGUAUCUGCACUCCUCUGGAACUUCCAUACAAUGAAAUAAGAAUUGUCAGCAUGAAAAUUCAGACAGUAACAAAAUUUCAAACAGUUACAAAUGUCAUUGGAUAUGUAAAAGGCUUGACAUCUCCAGACCGGUAUAUUAUAGUUGGCAGCCACCAUUAUGCUUCAUACAGUUACAAUGGGCAAGCAUGGGCCAGCAGUACAGCCAUAAUCACAGCUUUUAUCCGAGCCUUGAUGUUAAGAGUGAAGAGGGGAUGGAGGCCAGACCGCACCAUAGUUUUCUGCUCAUGGGGAGGAACAACUCUGGGCAAUAUUGGCUCAUACGAAUGGGGAGAGGAUUUCAAGAAGAUUCUGCAAAAAAAUGUUGUUGCUUAUGUUAGUCUCCACAGUCCCGUGAGGGGCAACUCAAGCCUACACCCUGUGGCAUCGCCGUCUCUUCAGCAACUGGUAGUAGAGAAAAAUAAGUUCAACUGUACCAGAAGAACUCAAUGCCCGGAAACAAAUGUCAGUUCUGUCCAGAUACAAGGUGACGCUGAUUAUUUCAUCAACCAUCUUGGAGUUCCCACUGUGCAGUUUACUUAUGAGGACAUCAGAGCAUUAGAGGGUCCAAGUUUUCUCUCUGAGGCAGUUUUUCCUCAACAUGCAAUAAAAAUUGAAGAAAUGGAUCCUUUCUUCAAUCUUCAUGAAACUAUCACCAAGCUCUCAGGAGAAGUGAUUUUGCAAAUUGCCAACGAACCAGUUCUGCCCUUUAAUGCUCUCGAUAUAGCUUUAGAAGUUCAAAACAGCCUUAAAGCAGGUGAUCAACUCAACAUUCACCUGCUGGCCGUGGCGUCCCGCCUGAGGGAGAGUGCUGAAUUGUUUCAGUCUGAUGAGAUGAGACCUGCCAAUGACCCCAAGGAGAGAGCCCCCUCCCGCAUCCGGAUGCUGAAUGACAUCCUUCAAGACAUGGAGAAGAGCUUCGUGGUACGGCAGGUGCCACCAGGCUUUUACAGAAAUAUCCUGUACCGCAUGGAUGAGAAGACAAGCCAGUUUUCCAUACUCAUGGAGUUCUGGGAUCACUGCAACUCACUCACAUCAAAUGAGACCCUUCAAGAAGCCCUGUCAGAGGUUUUGAACAGCAUUAAUUCAGCUCAGGUUUACUUCAAAGCAGGACUUGAAGUGUUUCAGAGUGUCUAGGUUUUAAAGACCUGAGAAUACUCUCAGCAUUUUAAAAAUGCUUGUUUACAAUUCUAUAAGCAAAAGCUCUAAAUUGACCAGAUUUCUCCGAUAUUGAGGACCUUUCCCCACCAUGGCUUUUGAACGUCUAAAGCUAUUAUUACAUGAUAUUUUUAGUGUACAUAGAACAUUUUGCACAUCAAAUAUUGUUCUUAUAUCUACAUUUCUGAAUAAGGAAAAACAAGUUAUUGAAAUAAUACUUAAGAUUUAUCUAUUCAAAGAAAUCUGCUGUAUUUUUAUAUAUAAACUAUUUUGGGAGAAAAUUUCCAUGAAGUUCUGGACCUCUCGUCUCCUAUGGACAGAACAUGUAGUAACACAAAGUUAUUCUUUCUGACAGAACUAUUAAUGACCAAGUUUCUAUAAUAGAAAUGGAGAGUUGAUAGUUUCGGAUUAACUUCACUAGUAAGUGUUCGAUAUGAAGAAUCACGUAUUCUGACUGGAGUGAUUGGUUACGCAAAACCACUUUGAAUGUUUCUAUUUUAUGAAAUGAAGUUCCUCUUCUUAACACAACUAGAUGUAGUAAUACACUGGUUACGAAAUUGUACUUUUUAAGUAUUAAUGAAAAAAAGAGCCAUAAACAUUCCAGGGAAAAUUCUCAAGGUAGCUGCAUAAAGCAAUUUAAAUGCAAAUUUUUUCCUAACAACUUACAAGGUGACGAGCUUUGAAACCCCUAAUUUGCUUCAGUUGAUUUUAUAAGAAUUUCAGAUGUGAUGGAUGUCUUAUGAGGGAGAAAACAUUUCUUUUUUUUUUUUCCCUUGUGAUUUCUGCUAGACCCACUGAAACAGUGGCUACUCUAAAUGAAAGUAUCUUUUGCAUGGCUUUUCCUUCCCGGAUCUAUUCUGAAACUCUGCUAUAAGGCAGUUUUCACAGAAUACUGUAUAAUUUCCACAGGAAAAUAGCCAAGUUUCUCUUUGAAAACACAAAAUAUCAUAAAAAGCAUUAAAGUGCUUUUUAUGCUGCUUACAGAAAGAACUUACUCUGAAAGAAAUAUUUGUUUUUGUCAACGAAAAACUGUAAAUCUAUGAAGCACAUUUGAUGUGUUUUUUCCUUCUUUAUGUUUAAUUGUAGCUAAGGUGAAGCACAGAAAAUAUUCAUGUUUAUAAUUCUGUGUAGAAUUUUUCAGUAAAAAUGCAUUUCUCCCAUACUUCACUGUUUCUUUCAUGUGGAAAAUUCAGCUUUUCAUAUUGACAUUGUCAUUGAAUAUCUGCAGCAUUCAUUAUUCCCCCAAACUCUAAAAUUCUGCUUCAUAAUGGAAGGUUAAACUUUAUUCUAACUUAUAAAAUGUUCUUCUGACAUUGGAUAAUACAGCUCCCCACAGGAAAAAUAACUCUCACAAUAUCCUUACACAUUUCUUUACCAAACUCAACAUAGUCCCCAUUUCACAUUGCCAGAACAGUAUUUCAAGGGGUGCCUAUUUGUCUGUCUUCCCUUAAAUAUAAACCUAAUCUUGAUUGAAAGAAAGCUGAUGUUGAAGGGAAAGAAUUAAUUAGUGUUGAUUAGCGUAUUUAUUAGAGUCAGCUUUUCCCCCGUAAGUAAUGUUUAUAUGUCCAGAGCAGAGAAUUGAGGCAAUUAGCUGGAUAAGUCAAACAGCAAUCCUUUCUCAUCAAUAGACUUUGUGUCCACGUUUUCAUAUAAAAAUUGAAUCUUACAAUUUUCUAUUUUAAAGAGAAAAAAUAAAAACAGUGAUAGAGAAUUUCAUAACAAGAUAAUAGGAAAUUAAAAAUGGUUAAUAUACUGCAUGUUGCUGUCUUCAAAAUAGUUGCUCAGAUUACAAGAUACAGGUAUACAAAAUUGAUCAAACAAUGUAAUCACAUCAUUCUCUUCAAUGAACUAAAAGAAAUGAAUAGUAUAAUUAUGUUAGCGUCUUUCUUAUUUGAAAAUAUGUGCCAUGUUGCAGAGUGUGCAUAGAAAGGUUUAAAAAGAUCAUACUUCUAUGUGCUUUGAUGUCUGUGCCUUCUGCUCUGGAAACCAAAAUAGCAGAAAAGAAUUGGGAAAACUGUCACAGACAUGAGGGGUCCCAUAGUGGAAUGCCUUAAAUCCAAGGACCUUAACUGCCUAAUUGAAGUAAUGUGUUCAUUUAUUUUGUUAAAAUGUGGAGUUAAAUGUAAAACAAAGAAAGAAAAACUACUGCUAUUCUUUAGAACAAAAUUUUUAAUAAGUUUGCUCCCAUGAUCACAGUAGUAUUGAGAGCAGAGAAUAUUCUUAUUCUUCAUUUUAUUUAAAGACUGACUGUAUGCAGAUAAGCCAUAUUGCAUAGUUAAAAGUCUCAUUAUGUUGUAUUCCUCACUUCUAAAUUAUAUGGCUUUUACCUCUUGAAAACUGCAGUUAACUCUGAACUAACAUGUGUUUAUUAGUCUAUUUAAGAGAUUACAUGAAGAAGGUAAAUUAUAAUUAAAACAGAUGUCCAACAAUUCUAUAGAUGCUAUUUUACAUAUCUGACUGAAAUAACUUUAACUUACUAGUUACAACUAUACUAUGAUUGCCUCAAGUUUACUCCAGGUUUACAUUAUUUUAAUGUCCCCCUAAUAGAAAAUCCUGGAGAAGUUAAUAUUGAAUGUUGAUGUAAAUUGGUAGUGUGUAUAAAUUGUUACUGAGACAUCAAGGUAUUUGCUACUUUUAAAAAUUUUUAAUCUUGGGCUGGUGUCCAAAGAUAAUAAAUUCUUAAUGACUGCUCGCUCAUGAAAAUGAGUAUAACUCAAAUAAAUGUGUAUCUCUGAAAUUUGUGUUCAAGCUGGCUACCCAUGGAAUACUGUCCUUCACGGAAAAGCUUAGAUCAUAGAGGUAAAAGGAACCCUAACAGAAGUUCCAAACUAAGCUGCAGGAUCUUGUCUUCAGUCAUAAAAGACAUUAUCAUGCCUGUUUGAUAUAAUAAGUAAAGGCAGAGUGACUAUGAAAUUUGAACAUAGUCAUAUCUUUAGUUAGUCCCAGAAAUACUUCAGGCAGUUAAGAUUCUCUGGUUUCUUCUGUAGUCUCUCUCUCUCUCUCUCUCUCUCUCUCUCUCUCUCUCUCUCUCUGAUAAACUUUCCAGGUCCUUGUAAGUAACCACCCAUUUAGAAAAAUGUUCUAUGAACUAGGAACUCUGCUUUUAAUUCGAGGCUAGCUCACUAUCUGAUUAUAUCUGACAAAAGCUUUUCAAGUUUCUCCAAUUCCCUUUCUUAAGGAAUGCAGGCAAUGGAAACAGACUAGCUACUCGAAGAAGUGGGAAACGUAUCCAUUUGACCACAAGUGUCAAGAAAGAAGACAAAGAACAAAAUGUAUUUAUAAAAGGAUAUGUGAGCUUGGUAUAAAAUUGGCAGUCUAAAUCAGUACUUCUCAAAAUGUGGAAUUUGGUGACAGAGGCUUUGGAAACUAUCUUCAGAUUUCUAGAUGAUCUUUACAAACACUGAAGUUUAAUAAUGUCUUAAUAUAUUUAAUCUUGGGUCCUCAGAAAAUAUUAAUUGACACCUUACCUACGUAAAUCAAGGAAUCACAAAUGAGGGAACCUAGAUCUUUAUUUUUAAUGGCUCUAUUACAAAAAGGACCUAUAUUAUAUCUAAAAAAAUUAUUCCAAUGUAGUUAAAAAGUACUUGAUGCAUGUCAAUCAAUCCUCUAGAUGUUUUCCACAAAAAUAAAUGAUUUGUUACUUUCUAAUAAUGAAUAAGCAUCUUUGACUCAAAUAAAAAUUGUAAGUAUUUACAUAAUAUGUUGGUGGCUUGGCCAAAAUGUUCUGAGACAUUCUGUGACAUGUAUGAUUUUUUACUCCCAAAAUUAAGCCUUUUCUCUGGAUCACACAUUUUCAUUACAUUGAUUUAAUAGUCAAUUUAAGAGUACCUUAGUCAGACAUACUAUUAAUGGAAAAGAAUUAUUUUGACCUUCUUUUCCAUGUGUUCAUGGAAAGGAAAUUAGUCCAUAUAUUCUAAUACAUUUGUCAGCAACACAACAUUCUCAUUACAGCCCUCAAAUUUAGUUCAGGAUGGAAAACAAACAGUGUGAUUUUUUAGAAUAAUAUCCUGCACAGAAUUUGUCUAUCUUUCAUGAUUUUGAAUUGUUAACUUAAAAAAGAUUCAUUACAAUUUGCUGUUCUGAAAAAUCUUAAAAAGCUUUACAGAGUUUUACUCACCACCUUAAGUGUGAGUACUUUUCAGUGAAGUAGGCUUAUUUUAUCCAAUUUAAAAUUUUAAAUGAUAUAAAUUUGAACAAGGCAUGUAGCAAAAUAAAUCUGUAAAAUGUAGCCUUUUCUGGUCAGUGCCAUGUCCAUGUGAUUUUCUGUUUUUCCCUUUCUGGAUAUAUUCUGGCAAUGGGAUUAGAUUUUUCCCCUGGGAAGUAAUUUUAAGACCUAUCCAUCUCAAGAUAAACCCACCUGUUAAUCAGCCAGAGUUUUAUUUCCAUAAUACCUUUCCCUUAUCCUUCACCCUUGUAUACUAAAGUGCCUUUAGCAUACUUGAGAUUGCCAAGAAGCUUGAGAGCUGACUUACUGCAAGAUGACACAUUGCUUGAAGACAUUUAUAAUCACAUAUUCAGAUUGAAUCAGAACUUACAAAGUAAAGGACUAAAGUGGAGUGGUUUCAGAUAAUGGUCAAGACAAAAAUCUGCCUUGAAUUUUGGUAUUGCUAGUUGUAUCACUUUGUGUUUGAACCAUACAGUCACACAGUACACUUACUAGAACCAAAAUGAUGAUUUUGAUUUUUUUUCUGCCAAAAUACAAUCAUCAAUGCCAAAGAAAUGCAUGACUACUCCAAUUUUGUAUGCAGGAUUUAGUCAAGAAUUAACUCAGAAGCAGUUGAUUCACUGCCUACAUGUAGACAAAGCUUUAAUGAGUGUAGACAGAGCCUAACAGUAUUCCGUUUAAUUCCUUUGAUAUCUUAAGCCAAUAAGCACUGAGGUAGCUAGUCUCAGAGGAAAACAGAUUUUAUUUUCCAGGGGCUAAUUAAUAUGCACCAUCUCAGUUCCCAAAGGCCCACACAGGUGCCUGUACUAUGCCAUAUGUCAUGUGCUAUAUCCCUGCAUGCUCAGGAGAUUAAUAUACAAUCAUUAUUAUGAAUUAUUAUGUUGCAUUGAAGUUAAUGUUGGUCUUUUGUUCUAAUUAAAAUAUAAACCUGACAUCUGUAUAGAGUCUAGCUAAAGAUACAGAGUCUCUAUUUUAAUGAAAUUCAUAUAUUUUUCAAUCUAAAUGUGUAUUUAUUUAAUUACCUAUCCUGCUCAGUAAUCAACUUUCCAACUUCUUAAAAAACCUUUAUUGACUAUAUUACCAUGCAAAUGGUUAAUAUUUGGUAAUGUUUGUCUUUGGAAUUUUCUAGCCAUUUCUGAAUCAUGUUUUCAGUGUCUAUGGUAGUGUUUUACUAAUAAUACUUUUCAUCCAGCUUCAUAUCAAACUGGCAUGACUGGACUACCUUAUUCUAAAAAAGAAUAGAAUUCUAUUUUUCUAUAAACAUAAUUUUGGCAUAUGUGCUUAAUAAGAAAAACAUAUAAACAAAAUACUUUGCUGCAUCAUUUCAAGGUGUUUUCAGGAAUCAAACUCUUAGAUGGUUAAGUGUAGCUCGCACAAUUAUAUUCCAAAGAUAUUAUACAUAAUUCUAUUCAGCAGCUGAGAUAGGACUCUAUUAGGUGAUUUAAUGUUUACAUUGUAAACAGAAAUCCUUAGUGAAAAAUAAAUUCUGUACAUUCUAGCUUCCUACUUGGAGAAUAAGCACAGAAUUGUAUUCAGAAAAAAACUCUCUAGGACACUUUGAAAUGAUAAUUUGUUUUUGUACACAUCCAGAAAAUCAGCAUGACAUUUUGAUAAUGGUUUUGUCUGUGUGUUUGGAAUGUUACUAUACAUCAUGCAUUUAACAUUUCAAUCAGAUUGUAAUGUAAUAACACUUAAAUAUAAUUUUUAUAAAAAUUGAAAGUCAGUGAUUUAAAAUUAAAAUUAGCUCUAAAAUGAAAAAUGAGGAUGAACAGGAGAUUUAUAAACUAAUGGGUUAAAAUUUGAAGCAUAAUUUUUCCCAAUAAAUUUCUUUUGAUUAAAAACAAAUACUUAUCUUGAUGUGAUUCAAUUGCUAAAUUGCACUGAACUAUUUUAGUGUUAAGUUUUUUUCAAGGUAAUUUGAUUAUGAUCUGUCAUGUAGAAGUAUUUUUAUUGUAUAGAGAUUUUCACUGUCAUUUUUUUUGUUAUAAUUGAGGCAUGUGUAUACAUUUUUCUGAUUUCUAUAUAGAGUUGAAUAUCUAAGUCUUAUAUGUGGAAGCCUAUUGGAAAUUUAAUGCUGUCUGUAUUUUUCCCAGGCAUGAUCUCAGUUUACUGUGUAACAUUUUUGUGUUAGUUAAUGUAACUAAAUAUCCAACUUUAUUGUGAUUUGAAGUGACAAAAAUAUGGAUUGGGAUGCAACAUUCCUUAAGAAUAUAAAUUAAUAUUUUGUAUUUCAGUUGCUUAAAUAUUUGCACAUAAUUAAAAACAUAAUACUAUGAAAUGAAGGCAUCUUUUCAAAACAUUCUGAUUCAUAAUGAAAUGAAUACGUACAGAGAAAUGGUAAUGUUUAAAACACCCACUUAAAAUGCAUUAAAUACAGAUGAAAAUCA